GGCGGGGCCCGCCGAGCCGGCGCGAGCGGACUGCUGAGCUGGCUGUCGCCGUCCGGAGCCGCGGCUUCCCGGGGUCGAGCCCCGCAAUGGAGGCCGAAGCCCCGGACAACCCCCCAGGCGGGGUCGAGGCGGCACUCAGCUGCUUCUCCUUCAACCAGGACUGCACAUCCCUAGCAAUUGGAACCAAAGCCGGUUAUAAGCUGUUUUCCUUGAGUUCUGUGGAGCAACUGGACCAAGUCCAUGGAAGCAACGAGAUCCCAGAUGUCUACAUCGUGGAGCGCCUCUUCUCCAGCAGCCUGGUGGUGGUGGUGAGCCACACCAAGCCACGGCAAAUGAACGUGUACCACUUCAAGAAAGGCACCGAGAUCUGUAACUACAGCUACUCCAGCAACAUCUUGUCCAUACGGCUGAACCGGCAGAGGCUGCUGGUUUGCCUGGAGGAGUCCAUUUACAUACACAACAUUAAAGACAUGAAGCUCUUGAAGACCAUUCUGGAUAUUCCUGCCAACCCAACAGGUUUAUGUGCCCUCUCUAUCAACCAUUCCAAUUCUUACUUGGCCUAUCCUGGAAGCCUGACGACAGGGGAGAUUGUGCUUUUUGAUGGACACUCCCUGAAAACCGUCUGCACUAUUGCUGCCCACGAGGGGACGCUGGCUGCCAUCACCUUCAACUCCUCGGGCUCCAAACUAGCCAGCGCAUCUGAAAAAGGCACGGUCAUCCGGGUGUUCUCUGUACCUGACGGGCAAAAGCUCUAUGAGUUUCGGAGGGGAAUGAAAAGGUAUGUGACAAUCAGCUCUCUCGUCUUCAGUAUGGACUCACAAUUCCUCUGUGCCUCAAGCAACACCGAGACGGUGCACAUCUUCAAGCUGGAACCUCUCACCGAUAGUCGACCGGACGAGCCUUCGACCUGGAGUGGCUACAUGGGAAAGAUGCUCAUGGCGGCCACCAACUACCUCCCGGCCCAAGUGUCCGACAUGAUGAAUCAGGACCGGGCCUUUGCCACCGGGCGUUUGAAUUUCUCUGGGCAGAGGAACAUCUGCACCUUGUCCACGAUCCAGAAAUUGCCAAGGCUGUUGGUUGCAUCAUCCAAUGGAUACCUUUACAUCUACAAUUUGGACCCUCAAGAUGGAGGAGAGUGUGUUUUAAUCAAGACCCACAGCUUGCUUGGCUCAGGAACAACAGAAGGGAAUAAAGAAAAGGACCUCAGACCUUUAUUACCUCAGUCUUACGCAGCAACUGUAGCCAGACCAAGCACAUUUGCAGCCUCCACGGUGCCGGGUUAUUCCGAGGAUGGCGGGGCGCUCCGAGGAGAGGUUAUUCCCGAGCACGAGUUUGCGACAGGCCCAGUGUGUCUCGAUGAUGAGGAUGAAUUUCCCCCUAUAAUCUUAUGCCGCGGAAGUCAGAAGGGCAAAACGAAGCAGUCCUGAUGAGAAGCACACCUCAGAGAUCAGGACAUCCCUGUCAGUGGUUUUGGAGAAAACAAGGAAGGUGGAAGAGCGGAGUGCAGUUGUGUGCACGGAGAGGGGGGCAGGAGUCCCGGGGGGCUCCGCCGCUUAGGCUGGACCUGGUUGACUCCUCGCCAAAGUCUCCCCAGCCCUGGUUGCCAGUGGGCAUUGCAUACAUUUUAUGCACAUUAUGCUAUUUAAACUAUGUUAAAAGGAUUGUGUAAAUGCCAACUAACAUUAUCGGUAUAUAACCAGAAAUUUGUAUUAAAAGGGGCAUCCUUUUUAAAUGUAUGCUGUGUAAAAAUGUAUUUAGAGAAAAAUCUCUUUGAAUUGUAUUUCUUGUACAUUACAGAGAGAGAGAGAGACUAUUUUAGCCAGGCAAAUAUUUUUGCAGUGAUUGGAAUAAAUCAUUUAUUACCUUUGAGUCCCAUUUAGGACACUAAUAAUAAAAUCAUGGC